AUGUGUAGCACAUUCAUCGUCAUAAACUUAUACUUGUUUACUCUUCAGACAUGGAUGUAUGUGGCAGUUCCUAUGCUCUUGUAUGCUGCUGAGAGGAUCCUUUCAUCGACCGAUGAUAAAGAUCAACGUGUUACAGUCCUCAAGGGUAUUGUAUAUUCAGGAAAUGUCUUGGCUUUGCACAUGAGCAAACCUAAGGGAUUCAAGUAUAAAAGUGGAAUGUAUAUCUUUGUCAAGUGCCCAGAUAUAUCUAGUUUUGAAUGGCACCCUUUUUCCAUCACUUCUGCACCGGGAGAUGACUAUUUGAGCGUUCACAUACGUGCAUUAGGCGACUGGACCAACGAGAUGAAGAGUCGUUUUGAAAAGGUUUGUGAAGCUUCGAGUGCACAGCAAAGGAUGGGGCUGGUUAGAUUGGAAACAAAGGCAUUUAAUGACUUAAACCUUGAAGAAAACCAAUCAAUGUACCCAAGAAUUCGAAUAAAAGGACCUUAUGGAGCCCCGGCACAAAGUUAUAAGAAGUAUGACAUUGUUUUGCUUGUUGGCUUGGGGAUCGGAGCAACUCCAAUGAUCAGCAUAAUCAAAGAUAUCCUCAACCAUGUAAAAAAAAGUGAUACGAUCACAGAAAUGGAGAAUGGACUACCAUCAAAAGGCAUCAAAAGUGGACCACAAAGAGUAUAUUUCUAUUGGGUGACAAGGGAACAAGGCUCAUUUGACUGGUUCAAAGGUGUCAUGGAUGACAUAACAGACUAUGAUCACGAUAAUAUAAUAGACAUGCACAGUUACUUGACUAGUGUAUAUGAAGAAGGAGAUGUACGGUCUGCUCUCAUUUGUUUGGUUCAAUCUCUCCAUCAUGCUAAGAAUGGAGUAGAUCUCGUAUCACAAAGUCGGAUAAAAACACAUUUUGCAAGACCCAACUGGAGAAAGGUGUUCUCUGAUUUGUCAACUACACAUGGAUCUUCACGAAUUGGUGUCUUCUACUGUGGAUCUGCUACCCUUGUUAAAGAGUUGAAAGAGCUCUGCCGAGAAUUUAGCCAAAACACAAGCACUCGGUUUCACUUCCACAAAGAAAACUUCUAA